AUGUCAACACAAUUCCUCAAGGCCUUUGCCAAUAUGAGUGAGAGUCAAAAGAAACAAGUUUUAGAGGAUUGGCUCACAGGAAUGGGUGAAUCACUUCCAAAGGCUGAGCAAUUACUCAACACCAAAUACGAAAGGACUGGCAUGUAUGAUUGGGACGAAUUGUGUAGUAAAGUUAUAGCAUUUCCUUUGGAGAGAUUGCCAAUGUAUGAAGAGUAUUGUGAAUUAUUCAAAUUGUUGAUUCCACGAAUUAUUAGAGAUUGGGAGCGUUUUGUAGAUUUGAAUGUUUCUCAUCCUGAAAAGGAAGUCUUUGUUGAAUAUAGUGGCUUCUUUUCACAUAACACUGUUUUCAGAAAUAUGUACGAUAAUCUUUCUCCUCAACACAAGCUUUGUUUCGUCUGUAAUCUUCUCAGCAAUUUCAUAUUGAGAAAGCAAUUAUCAGUUCAAUUUCAUGAAAUUGAGGGAGACGUUAUUGAGGGAACAAGAUUAACCGAAACUCAGGACAAGAUGUGCACUAUUUUCACUCUCGUUUAUCUCAAAAAGAUUCUCAUGCAUCAAGUUGAUAAUGAAAUAAUUUUUUCUGGCUCGUAUGAAAUGAGAAAACGUUUGGAUCCAACUUUUGAUUCGUAUAGAGCUGCUUUUUCUCCUAAAGAACAUGAAAAAACAACUGCCAAUGCCAGUCAAUCACUUGCCAAAAAGAAGAUUUCAUCAAAGAAAGUAGAAAUGAUUCAAGAAGAAAUAGCCAAGCGUUCCAAAACUUAUGAGAAUAACUCCAAAGACAAAAUUGCAAUGGAAUUAUUCAAGCAUAAUCUUGUAAUA